GUCCUUCAGAGAUAUCCCGCAUUUCACAGGUAUUCUAGCAACGUUCAAUCAGCUGCGGCGAACAUGAACGGAAUAUGCAGAUCAGGUUACUCGCGCAAUUUUACCAAGGCCUUCUACUAGAAGACUAAGCUCUCCUUUGGGAGCACACUCGGUCAAACCUUGAAGUUCCAAAUCGAGUACGACUGCUCUUGAUAGUAGAGGUAGAAGUCGAUACAUUCUCGCGAAGAUGGCGCUUACGCCGCCAGUUGAGUCGUCAGACGCCGGCCAGCCGCAGUCGGCUUUCGAAACGGCCGACUCCAAUGGCUCUGAAAUCGACGAGCCGCAGCUGAUUCUGCGGAAAAUGGCGCUGAUGAAUCUCGUGGCGGCGGACGGAUACCACUGGCUGAAAUACGGAGAGAAAGUACUUUCAAAAAUCGGCGACCCAGUUUCAGUGAGAAGGGCAUACUACAAGUGUGGAGAGGCCAGUGGGGAGAAAGGGAGAGCCGGCUUCCGGUGCCCAGCACGUAAGGUGGUGGACGUGGACCCUUCUCUACCAUUCGACGCCGCUUUGGCUCGGGUCACCUACAGCCACUCGCACAACCACCCGCCGCCAUCCUCACUCACCGGCCGGCUCCGGCUAAGAGCAGGGGUGCUCGCCGAGCCUCAUGCCGCCGAGCCUGAUGGUUCCAAGCCUCCUGGUGCCGAACCUGCUGGUGGUGGUACGGAGGAGGAGAUGGGAAUAGAGGAGGUAGGGGAAGCUGGCCACAGUGGUUCUGCCUCUGGUGCUUCGGCCGGCGUUAGUGCUGCUGUGGGUGUUGGUACUGCGGCCGACAGUAGAGGUACUGCUGGUGUUGGUGCUGCUGCUGGCAGUGGCGCUUUUGAGCUGCGUCAGAGGACACAAGGGGCUUUGAGCCUUCAGCAGCAGUUGCAACAGCUGCAGGAGAAGCAGAAGCAGCAGCACCAGCAGCAUCAGCAUCAGCACGAGCAGCAGAUGCAGCCGCCGCAGCAGCUGCAGCUGAAACAGCAACAGCAGCAACAUCAACACCACCACCAGCAGCACCAGCAGCAGCACCAGCAGCAACACCAGCAGCAGCAGCAGCACCACCACCACCACCAACAGCAACAGCAGCAGCAAACGCAGCAGCAACAGCAGAAGCAGCAGCUUCUCUCUCUUCUACUGGCGUCCCUCCAACAGGGAAAGAACUCAGCUUCUGGUACACCGCCCAGCGCUGCUGCUGCUGCUGCCGCUGCUGCUGGUGGUGCUGGUGCUGCUGCUGCUGCUGCACCCCUCACUGCUGCUGCCGCACCCCUCACAGCCGCACCACCCAGAGCUGAUGCGACACCCCCCGCACCUGUCGCGACCUCGGCUGCUGCAGCCGCAGCUACAGCCGGCGCCACUUUCACUCUGACUGCUACAAACGCUAUCACCACUGACGUCCAUGGCGGCAGCAGCAGCAGCAGCAGCAGCAGCGCCAGCGCCAAUGCCUCUCAACCCUCUAGCUCUCCAGUGGCCCCGCCUGCAUGGGUGCUCUCGCUGCUUCAGGCCUCCUCUGCUACAGCUGCUGCUGCUGGUGCUGCUGCUGCUGCUGCUGGUGCUGCUGGUUCUUCUGGUGCUGGUGCUUCUGCUGCUGCUGCUGCUGCUGCUGCUGCUGGUGCUGUUGCUGCUGAUGGCGCUGGCACUGCUUCUGCUGCUGGUUUUACAUCUCUUACGGUGCCUCAUGCUGCGCCAUUUGCAGAAACAAACGACCUACACACAGCAAAGCUCCCUCCCUCCACAGUCACACCCAAUACAAUCGCAUCGCCAAGUGUCACACCCUCUACUGUCCCCCCGUGGACUAUCACACCAUCGAUGGCAGCGGCGCUGCUGCUGAAAAUGUCCCAAGCUAACGGCCAAUCAUGCGAUCCGCUGAUGUCACUCGUGCCGCCCGCUUUCUGGACCCCCAUGGCAGAUUAUCUCGCAGCUGCUGGGAAGCUUCCAAAAUGCGUCGGCCCGCUGGGUUUGGCUGUUGGCCACGUGGCAGCCAUGUCAGCAGGCUUAUCCGCCAUGUCAGAGAGCGGGACAGGGAGAGGAGCAGCAGGAGCAGCAGGAGCAGCAGGAGCAGCAGGAGCAGAAGGAGCAGGAAGGGGCGAUGCUACAUUUACAGCAGCAGCAGCAGCGGCCCACCCAGCAGCCACAGGAGCAGCAGCACCAUUAGCAGCAGCAGUGUUGCCAGCAGUGAUAGCAGCGGCUAAGUCCCUGGUAGCUGAAGCAGAGGCAGCAGCAGCAGGGCUCGUUGCAGAAGCACUCAGAGCGUUAGAGAAGGGACAAGCUGCCUCUGCCCCUCCCCUGCUGCUGCUAAUGCUGCUUCUACAAGCAGCAUGGCAGCCCAUACUCGCAGCACAUGUGGCACCACAGCAGCCCUCACAGGCGGCUGACGUGGCAAUGGCAGAAACGGCAGACGCUACUGCGAGCUUGGACACCCACAUAAGUCCUGCGGGCUUGGACGCUACUGCAGGUUCCAAAAUGAGUUGCGGGCAGCAAGCAGGGGGGAGGAGACGGAGCAUGAGCCAACUGGACAUCCCCACGCGCAGCAGCAGCAACCCCUUUGCGACGCACAGCACCACUCAUGCCUCGCCAUCUCGGGUCCUUGUGGAUUCUCGAAGCAGUCAUCGCUGCGUGCCGUCCUCCUCCCCUCUCUCCUCGCGGGGGAGGCUGCCUGACGGGUCCCCUGGGACCCGUCCCAUGCACCAAACGGGCUUCAGCAGCCAAUACCAGCAGCAACAGCACCACCACCACCAAUAUCACCAGCAGCAGCAUCAGCAGCAGCAACAGCAGCAUCGCCAGGGUUCGUCCUCCUUCCGCCCUGUGUCUCCCCUCCCUCCAAGACCCGUCUCCCCCCUCGCCAGCCCACCUCUCUCCUUGUCACUCUCCCUCCUCCCCUCACCACCCUCCAAGGCGAGGAGGGGCGACACCCAAUCUUCCUCCUCCCCAUCUCCCAUAGGCUCUCACACACACUCAACCACUCCUACACACUCUGCCACCCCUACAGUGUCAAAUACACCUACACAGACAGCCACCCCCACACAGUCAACAACCCCUACCCAGUCGACUACACCUACGCAGACUACCCUUGCUCAUACCACCCCGACCACUCCUACAGGUGUUGGUUCAACUCUGGGUAUAAGCCUAUCGCUGUCACCAGACGCAGCAGCAGCAGCAGCAGCAGCAGCGGGAGGGGGAGCAGGAGGAGGAGGGGGAGCAGGAGGAGGAGGGGGAGGAGGAGGAGGAGGGGGAGCAGGAGGGGGAGCAGGAGGGGGAGCAGGAGGGGGAGCAGGAGGAGGAGCAGGAGGAGGAGGGGGUACAUUGGCAGUAGCAGCUGGUGCAAGCGGAGCGUCGGCAGCAUCAGGGGAUGCCAAAACCGCAGGGGCAAGCAACAACAACAGCAGUGCAAGGGCCCUCGAACGAACCCUCUCUUUGGGCGAUGGAACAACUGCUUUCAGCCGCCUGGCUCUCAGUGGAAACGACUCAGCGAGGCGAAAGAGCAUCAUCCCACGCAACUCCUCCUCCUCCUCCCUCUCCACUCACUUCCUCUCCUCAAACUCUCACCAACCGAAUAACAUUUUCACCCAGUCUCUUCCCAACCACUUUCUUCGACGCAGUGCAGGUUCGCCUGCUAAGAAGCGGAAGAGCGUGGAUGGGAGUGCCAUGGAUUCUAUGGAUUGCUUUCGGAUGCCUGGAAAUGCGACUGAGGCUGGAAUGGAGUGCUCUUUUUUGGGCAUGUCCCUAGCGAGCUUCUGUGGCGGUGAUUUGAAUUCUUCCGCAGUUUCUGCACAAUGUUUGCAGCAUGACGAAAGGCGUAAGGGGCAUGUGAAAGAAGAAGAGUGCACAGUGCAUGCUCCCAUGGAAGGUAUAGAUUUGGCACUUAGUUUAGGAUAAAUGAAAUAUUUUCCGUUCCCUCUGGCUUUUGACAUGAAUAAUGCGAGGCACUUAUA